AUGGCUAUUCCUAUGAUUUUCGUCCGUGGCUCAAACUACGAAGUAGGAUACCAAAUAGGGAAUACAUUCAAAUCCAGCAUACAAAAGACUAUUGACAUGGAUGCAGUCGAUAAUUAUAAGAUACCAAAUGUAGAAGAAAUCUACAAGGCUUAUUUAAAUACUGUGAAUUCCAUUUACCCUCAUUAUGUUGAUGAAGUACGAGGUAUAUCUGAUGGUGCUCAAGUCUCUUUCAAACAUUUAUUCCUGGGACUAAUCGGUCCCGAAUUAACGGCUCUUACUGGAAGACAUCCAUUUGAAGUUAACUCAAAUGCGGAAGGUUGUACAGACCUGGUGUUAAUCACAGAAACGCAGAAAAUCCUUUCUCAUUCAGAAGAUACGACCGGGGUAAUGUGUAGUGGUUAUAUUAUUCAAGCUGUAAUUUCACCGUCAAGAACCAAUUCCAAAGAAGAAAAGUUCACUGCAUACGUCGAUCCCGGCAUGUUACCUGGAAACACAUUUGGAUUUAAUACACAUGGCUUGAUAUUUACGGGCAAUAUGUUAUUUCAGAAAGAUAUAACAUGUAUUAAAUCAAUACCUCGUAAAUUUAUUACCAGGGCGCUGCUAUCAGCUACAAAUAUAGACGAUGCUGUUCAUAUCAUGGAACAGCUUCCAGGAGUAGCGUCUGGCUUUAAUAUAAAUGUUGGAUGCAUUGGCAAAGGUGACGAUAGUGCUAGAUUAUAUAGUAUUGAGAUUGCACAUUGCCCAACUGGAUCAAAAGUUGAUGUUCAAGAGUAUACAGGAUUUGAUUACCAUGUUAACAUGUACAAAAGGAUAGACACACUCCACUAUGUCGAUGAUAGUUCCAUUCACCGUAUGAGGCGAAUCGAUGAAAUGCCAACACCCAGCAAUAUAACGGAUAUCUUGAAUAUAAUGUCAGACGAAAAGGAUGUACUAUAUCCUAUAUUUCGUAAUGGAAAUCCUCCAGACUCGUAUGUUACUGCUAGUAUAGGCGUAUUUGACCUAAUCAAGAAAGAGUUGUAUGUAUUCAAAGAGAAACCUGACAAAUAUAACUACGUGCCUAUAUGUAUUAUAAGUCUUCAACCAAACAUGAAUGUUGUUACCUAA